AUGAAGGUUGCUCUAGGUGUUAAACAGGACAAAAGCUUUUUCUGCCAUUAAUAAAAUCGAUGAUAAAUUAUUUCUUGGAUCAAAGAUUAAUAAGCCAGAACACCGGACAAAAGGCUAAGAUUAUUCAAGUUCCCUGCAAUCCGAGAUUUCAGCUGCCUAAGAAACGCUCUCUAAAAAACCCGCUUGUUUAACUCCAGAGUCUAUUUUCUGUGGUAAAAGGGAGGGACACAGUACCACAGUUAGUUUGAUCAAAUAAUAAGUUACAUAAGAUACAAAAUUUCGGUUAAAAUCUGACGAAAUCUCAGCGGUAAAGGCCAGUCUUAACUAAAAGGAUUACAGAAAAAGAGAUCUGAGUCUUCAAGUUUCCUCAACCCCUAGAAUAGUUUUUUUUAAUUGUUUUUCAGGGUCAAAAAGGAGACCGUGGUUCACCAGGAAACAACGCAGGAGGUGUAAUUAAGUUUAGCGAUACCGCUGAGAAAUGUACCUCAAGCAUCGCCGGCACUGUUAGCUACAGUACUUCCCAGAAAUCGUUGCAACUCUGUGAUGGAAGCCAUUGGCUGCCAGUGUUGGCUGUUAGAAAAGGUUACAUAGCGGAUAGACCAGGCCGCCACUGUUUGGAUGUCUUAAAUUCUGGUACACUUAAACUUUGAAAAAAAAUUAAGGCGUAAGGCAUUUAAAAGUGACCAAUUAACACUGAUCAGCAUCAGUCGUACUAAAAGCAUUAAAGACAAUAGAACCAAACUCGUUCCCAGUUCCUAUGCAUUGGUAUUUAAGCAACAAAGGACUGUGGACAGAGAUGGUUGUUGUAGAGAAUGCUGGGAGGUACACAGUAAGUAGCAGCAGGGACUGGGAGACUGGGAAGAAAACUGUCAUUUAUAGACGCACUUUAAAAUGAACCUAUUAAAGUUUAUCAUCUUUAAACAAUAAUUCGAAGUAAUCUUAUAAUUACAUAUUAUUUAUAAUCAGGGCAAAGUCAUGGCAGUGGGCUUUACUGGAUUGAUCCAAACGGUGGCUCGACAAAAGACUCGUUCCAAGCCUAUUGCGACAUGGAAACUGAGCGUGGAGGUUGGACCCUAGUUGCCACAAAGGUCUCCCCAGGUUUCCUCUUCAUCAAAACUGUUUUCUCGGCAGUGGCCGCUGCAACUAAGAACAGAGAUACCGCGAGUCACAUACAUCCAAGCAUGGGGAACUGGAAAGAGGUUAUGUUCCGCUUUGCUGACGUUGAUACCAUCCGAGUCAUUUACAACAGAAAGGCGGGCGCACCAAACAAAGACAAGGAGGAAUUCGACAAGUUCUUGAUGGGGAAGUCCAUGCAGUUGACAAAGAACGUGAAUGGAUUUUAUAAGUACAGUCCAGCAGAUAAGAAAAGAAAUCCCAGCGUGGGUUUUGCCACCAUAUCCUCUUUCCACUUCUGGUCAAACGCUGGGAUCUCAGAAUAUCACGGUGGCACGGAUAAGUGGCUUGACAUGUGGAGUAGUGCUGACGCCCGCUACGGGAACAACUACAUCUACAGCGAUAACAGCAGGGCGCGGGGCACCAAAUGUAUCGCGGACUACUGUUAUCUGAACAAGCCAAUCUGGGUGAUGGUGCGCUAGUAAAACCAACCAAGCCAGUACACGAGCAGCUAAUUACACGAGAAAGAACUAGAUACUUAGGUGUUAACAGGCGAUAAUAAAGUAGGUUUUAAAACAGACUGCUGGCGAUAUCAAAGUUCUAACAAUAGUGUCAACAUUAAAACGACCUGAUAUUAAUCCAGUUAAAAAGAAUUCUCGCAUCUUGUACUGACUGCUCAUAAAAUAAAACUAAAAAGCAU